GAGCAUGCUGGAUCGGGUGUCCGUCGUUUGCUCUUGAUCUCGAACGACGACAAGGGUGCCUUGGGCUCUUGCUCAAUGUCUAUGCUUUCGUACUUUAUCAGACCGCCCCCAGCGGCGCGUCGAGCUUACUCUGUCUUCUCGAAACCGGGAGGAGGCCGGUACUUCAAUUCCGCAAAACCAUCCAAGGUCGUGGCGCAGAGUGCUACUAAUAACAAGCCCAAGGCCGAUACGAACGAUGGUUCAUCGGAGGAUGUUGGAUCUUCACAAACACCCAAUGGUAAUUCAAGCCAACUGAAUGCUGCUGAAGCCCAGCAAGGACAAUCGUUCUCGUCCUUAUCGUUCCCCAUGACCAAUGCCAUCCCACAACCUCAUCCACCCAUCAACCCGCAAGACCUUCGUGUACACCAAUUCUUUUCUCUUCAUCGACCGCUGCUCACAAUCUCCCAACCCACCGUAUCCAUUUUCGAGUCGAUGCCUUUUGCCAAUUUUCCGCCUCAGACUCCCAAGAUAUCUGAGAAUGAAGGUGAUAGGAUUGGGAUGGGGAGUAUGUUUGAUGACCCACCAGAAGCUUCAGCAGAGUCCGAUGCCGAUGCUGCUCGACAGCUCGCUAGAGCUUUGGUAGUGAAUAGGGUAGGGGCCUCUUUAGCUUGGGAGGAUACGUUGAGGAGGUUGGGAUUAGAUCCUGCGGAGGGAAGGGUAGAGGAGGUGAAGAUGGCUGAGGCGGAGUAUGAGAUGUUUAUGGAUAGUGUAAAGAGGAAACGACGAAAGAAGAUGAAGACCCACAAGUGAGUAUCUUGGUGUUGUCGGUGGUUUCUUCGGUACUCAUGUUGUUCUCAAACCCUUAGGCUCAAGAAGCGGAGACGUGUAAGUUUUCUUCAUGACCACAUCGGCCUUAGCUUUUGCUGAUUUCAUUCAUUCUAGCUCACUCGUAUGAAGCGAGCCAGCGAGCGACGAUAAGCGUUAUAAGCAGAGUUUUCACUGGACCCUUGUUACCUUAUUCAAGCCCUAGUGCAUGCUGUGGAUUUACCAUCAUCGAAACAUAGCCGUUGUUCCCUACUCAUCGAUAUCCACGAUAUUUACUCACAAUUCUAUUGUCAUUCUCAGUUGUACCGAUAAGGGAUGUGAUGCUACAUUAUAUUUGAACUCGAUGCCGGGCUACGCGACAGUCACCUUACAACCUCGCCCUCGCACGGUAUAUGUAGCGUCCUGGAGGGGGCGCUCGUCCAACUCCGUCUUCGGACUAUCAUACAACACGAUCUGCUUCAAAGCCGGAUAAGAGCUAUGGCUCCAAGCCCUGAAAUGGUCCUCCAAAUGCAGCCAGAAGUUCACCGGCAUGUCAGGUCGUUGACAAUUUAAACCAACGACGGCGAGGGAGGCAUGAGGCUCUCUGGGUGGAUAUGGCUUCUGAGUGAACUGGACGUAGUAGUUCAGCUCCUCAAGGUUUGGGCACCCUGUUAGAACAUUAUGGAUAGCGGUCUCGUCCGUAAGGAACUUCAGACUCCUCCCCAAUUCCACUGUCCUCAGCUGCGCUCCGAAUGUCUCCCAAAACAAAUCCAAUAACGGAUA